AUGCCCGAAGAAUCCAGCUCAGAGACCACGGUGCGCGCCUACAUCGACAAUGUCCUCACGGCUUUACUCCAAGAACUUUCGCUGCCACAGUCCCAAGGACGGCCCUCAAUCACUCUGCGGCGCAGAUCAAAUCCAACAGGAUACACAAUAAACCAGCAAAAUGGUGCACUGGAAGCAGUUCAACCAGUAGUAUCAUAUCGCACCUACUCCUGGCCAGGGAACUCGUCAUUUGAAGCAUGGAGGUUCACAGCUAUCAUUCGAAUCUUGGCGGUUAUUGAUGAGGCGAUACGAAUGGGUCAAAUUAUUUCAAAGAGGGAUAUAUUUUAUAUCGACCCGGCAUACUUCAAAUCACAGCAUAUCGUUGAUAGAAUUGUGGAUGACCUUGCAUACACUAUCGGGGUGGAUCGGAUGGCGUUGAAUGUUGAAGCAGCAGGGAAAGGACUGGUGACUGGGUCCUUUGUCCUCAAGCACGAUUCACAGCUCUUGCUAGAUGCUGGAUCUUCUUUCCAGGACACCUUGAUUCCUCGGAUCCAAGAAAGCGACGAAAUUGAUAUCUCUGGUACUCGCUGGGUGCUCGUUAUUGAAAAAGAAGCAGUGUUCCACCGGCUCGCAAGAAAUAAUUAUCAUAUGACAGCUCUUGCGGGAAAAGGCAUUCUAAUCACCGGCAAAGGAUAUCCUGAUAUCUGCACGCGUGUAUUCGUCCGACGGAUCUUCGAUCACGCAUCCAAUAACAAUGGGCGACCGCCGCCAAUUUAUGCACUCGUAGAUGGAGAUCCCGAUGGCAUAUCGGUCAUGUCGACGUACAAGUAUGGGUCGGUGGCGCACGCUCACGAGAAUGCAAGACUUACCUUGCCCGGAUUGAAGUAUCUUGGAAUCCGAGUAUCAGAUGCAGUCAUGGACUCUGGGGUUUCGCAGAACGUCCUUCUCUCUUUAAGUUCCAGGGACCGCAGGAAGAUUCAGUGCAUGCUAUGCAAUAGUCCCAUCUGGGCAGAUAACGGACCGGAACCUGAGUGGCGUGUGGAGUUGCAGAGAAUGUUGAUGCUGAACGUGAAGGCAGAGAUCGAGACACUCUAUGAGCAAGACGGUGGCAUUGAAGGAUGGAUUGAUCGAAAGAUGUUCCGAUAG